CCAAGCCCAAGGUUGGGGGACCUUAAAAACGACAUACUAUAUCUUAUAUAUUUUAGCACUUUAGCAUCGUCGUGGAAAUGUUGAGAACACCACAUGGCUUCCCUGUUUUCGGUGUUUUCAGCUCCAUCCCGGAAAGGUGAUGCGUGGUUCUGCGUUGGCCUAGUCUCGUCAUUUCCUGACAUAACCAACUCUAACAACGCUAGUCUAUCCGAACAACGUUCUUGUACCGGACAGGAUUCAGUUCCUGGAUGCAAGGUGUUCCACGUUCCCGCUACAGACAGUUCCCAGGCACACCAAAUCGAGGGCGAUUCAAUGUUUCACGAGGAAGGAGACCUCAGAGACCAGGUGCUUGUGUUCAAGUAUAACGGCAAGCUUCAUGCUGUCAACAAUAGAUGUCCGCAUUCAUCAUAUCCGCUGUCCGAAGGAAUCCCAUUUGAUAUUGAGGAUUUCGGCAUCACGUUGAGUGUUGGGAUCACCUGCCCGAAGCAUGGCUGGUCGUUUGAUCUGUUUACCGGCAAAGCAGACCGUGCCAAUUAUAAGCUCGGUAUAUGGGAGGUUCAACUGCGUCCCGAUCCCGAUACACGGGCCGGAGUAGGCAACGAGAAAGGAGAUGAUCAAGAGGUAUGGGUAAGAAGAAAACAGAGAAUGGGAUAAUAUGUACAGCCUUGUACGUCGUUAGAGAAUGGGACUCUACAUAUCCAUGGAUGUCAUACAUCAAUGCGUGCUAGGAAUAUUGCCUAUUCGCCCGAC